AAUUUCGAAAUCUAAGAUUUGGUAUAGUAAAAUAGAAAUACAAAUAAUAAUACUAUAUCAUUUAAUGGUAGAACAAUCUAAUGUGUAAUGGUGCAUUGUAUUAAAAUGAUGUACUUUCUAAAUAAAGACCAAACUACUAUUAAUGAAAACUCUAGCCAUAAUAUAAAUCAGUGCCAUUUUCAUAAUAUACCACGUAACUCUAAAAUUAUUUUUAUAUGUUGAUUUUGUUUUAAUAAGAUAUAUCAUAUAUGUAAUAGUUCAUUAUAACUUUUUAUCAAAGUAAAAAAAUACAUAACCAAGUCGUCUUCACUUGUGAUAAAUGGGUUUCAACCGGAAUUUCCAUAUUGGGUUCGAGAUCGUGCUAUUUUGAUCGAUUAGUUAUGUAUCUGAUUCUACGUUUCGUGAGAUUAGUUUUUGGUAAUAGAAAAAUUUUAGGAUCUAUACAGUUAUAAAAAAUAAAUAAAACAAACAAUAAUCUUACUUUAUAGUAUAUCCUGGAUUUAUAUAUUCUCAAAAUCAAUAAGAAAAAUAUCAAGUAACCAAACAGAAAUUAAAAUCCAAGAGCAUUAAAAUAAAAAUUAAAAAAAUCUUUGUGACUUCAUUCUCAGUUUGAUUCCAGUAUCCAGUGUUCGUUUAGAUGUUAUAUAACUUAUAUCUAGAAAAAAAUCUAGAGAACUUGCCUGACAAGUUCUUACGUGACCAAAUAGGUCAACAAGAUCACAAAUCAACGUAGGGCAGGUCGUCUACGCGGACAAAAGAGCAGUCAGCAUUUCUCCCGUUGCUUUCGUCGUUGCGUCGUUACAUUUGUUUUACUUUUUAACCACAUACCAAACAAUACUAGCUAUAAGUAAGUAUUGUAAGUUAAAUAAAGAUUGACCCCGUUACUCUUUUAAUGGUCGUCGCAAUGCUUUUGGUAUAUGGUCGUCGCGUCGCAAUGCUUUUGUUAUUUAGAAAUAGAAAAAAAAAUAUGUGGGGUCAUAAUAUUAGAUUCCUGGUAGUUUCCUACGCAAUUUCUAUAUAAUAGAUAUCUUCAUCAAGAAGGUUCAACAUCUCAAACCAGACCUCAUCUUGUUCUUACUUUAAUAAAUAUAUCGGAAAUUUCUGAAGCUUUUUGCUUGUUGUCUUCAGCCAUGACCGCUAAGAAAGCUGUGUUGCAAUUGAGUGUUCACGAUGAGAAAAUCAGGAAGAAAGCGUUUGUGACCGUUUCUCGAUCUCCAGGGGUCUCUUCGAUAACAAUGGAUGACAAAACCGGGAAAAUGACAGUAGUUGGAGAAGUUGAUACACCAGUUCUCGUGAUGAAGCUAAGGAAACUGUGUAAUGCAGAAAUCGUUUCGGUUGAAGUUGUUAAACCACCUGAGAAAAAGCCUGAACCGGCAAAACCGGAUCCAGCAAAACCUGCUCCGGCUAAACCAGCUGAAAUUGUUGCCUUUCCAGUUACGCAUAUGAACUACCCGUACCAGUAUCAUUCUUCCUAUGCAAAUUCGUACUAUCAGCCAUACGGGAAUUCUAGAGUUGUAGAGGAACCAAAUACUUGUGUGCUUAUGUGAUUUAAUUAGCUAGAAUUGUUUUUAAAAUAAUGUUAGUUACGUAAUAAUUUGUUUUGAUGGGAGAGUGUAUUUUUUCUGUGGUUCUGUGUAAUAUAUUACUCGUCUGAGCUCUAUAGUCUAUGUUAACAAAUCAUUUAUGUAUGAUAAAGUUGAGCUUCUUUUUUUUUGAUAAAGUUGAGCUUUAUAGUC